CGUCAUAGUGUAUUUCAUAUCCACCGCCUCGACUUGCUGGUAUCAAGUGGUCUUAUCGAACCAGUUUUAUGAUUACUACCAAUCAGAUUGUUAGAAAGUCAACACUGCGAAUCUCUUUUGUUUACCUGAGUGACACAGAUGGGGCGACACAGAUGAACGGGCACCUGUCAAAACAAUUACUACCUAAUUACUUCAAGUUCAUAUGUUAAAUUUGCAGAUUGUGGACGUAUUACAAUUAAUAUCUGAGUGUAAAAACUAUGUCAAAUACAAUUCUCUUAACAGAACAAACUUUAAAUGAGGAACAUUUCCAAGAUGCAUGUGAAGAUAUUCAAAAUGAUGAGGUGAAAAUUUUAUCAAUUCGAGACUGUAAACUGACAUUUGCAAAGCUAAAAAACAUCUUGAAGCUGGUUGAAUCUUCGAAAUCUUUGUUACAGCUAUGCCUGUGUAUUGGAAUUAUAACAGAUCAACGUAGAAUCGACUUGUUAUGUAGAACCAUAAAAGCCAAUCGAUCACUUCAUGCAUUAUUUAUUCAUGGAAACAGUAUUGGGGAUGCAGGAAUGAAGAAAUUAGCCAAAACACUGCUUCAUCACCCAACCAUUGUUUCAUUAGAUGUUGGGGAUUGUGACCUUAGUGAUGAUUCUAUAGAAACCAUUUGUAACCUUUUACCUCCUCAUGGCAAAAAGUCUGGUUUAAUUGACCUUACAAUGAGUUCUAAUCCAAAAAUAACAGAGCAAGGGUGGAUCAAACUGAGUGUUUCCAUGGCAGCCAGUAGUUGUUUACAGGAGCUAUAUUUAGAUUAUAACAUGAUAGGUGACUUAGCAGCAUCUUCUAUGUUGGUUGGUUUAGCAUCUCAUAGUCAACUCCAGGUUCUUGAUUUGGAAGGAACUUGUAUCACUGAUAGGUUUGCUGAGUUACUUUUGUAUCUGAUUGAAAACUACCCAACAAAGCUACAGAAGAUUAAUUUAGAGGAAAAUAAUAUCAAAUAUAGACUUUUAAAGUCUAUCAAGUCAAACUUACUAGAUGGUGAAACAGAAUCUGAAAUGUCAGAAAAAUUUGAUGAUGCAAGUUCAGUGAAAUCAUCACCAAGUCAUUAUUACGAAACAAGUGAUGCUGAACUAGAAGAAACUACUGAUUCAACAACAGAAACCGAGGUCCAAACAAUUGAAAUCAAAACAACUCCUGUAUUGACCUCUAAAAAGACUAGUCCUAAAAAGAAAGGGAAGAGGAAACCAAAACUUGAUGAGAAAACUAAAAGUAGUGACUCUUUAUGGGAUGGAGAUGAACUUAUCGAAAUAACAGAACCACCAUUAAUCAGUGCAAUACCAACAUUUAAAAAUUUUGUAGGUGUAAAUCUAGGUCAAAAGGUCAGUGUGUCAUCAGGUCGAGGGACUUUACCAGAACAAGACCAUUCUGAUGAAGAACUCACGGAAGUUAAACUAGAUUCACUUUGUUGAACAUGGUUAAACGAAAGCUAUUACGGUAUAUCUGUCUCAUAAUAUAAAGACCUCUCUAAAAAUAUGUAAACUUUUAUAUACACUAUGUACAACACUACUGCAAACUAUAUUUAUUAGUUUUAUUUUAAGUGCUAUCUUAUUUAUAUACUUUUUAAAAUUUGCCUGCAAAACUUAUUAUGAGAAGAAGCCACUUACAAAGACUGGUCUUUAGCUAGUCUAUCAAGACAUUGGAAUUGUCAUCUUAUGAAAACUAACUUUUGAUGAUCAAAAUGUGUCAGCAUUUAUUCAUCUUUAUAAUAGUCUCUACUUAAAUUAAAACAUUCAGAUGAUGAGCAGUGAAAUCUAAUAAUUGAGUUUUCUUUGUUGACUAGCACUUGUUGUUCAAGAAUGGGAAUAAAUUAGGCACUAAUACAUUUGUUAUUUCACUAGUCAUAAAUGUUAGUAAUGCUGAUGUAGAUGAUCAGUGUAUAUUAGAACAAUUGCCCAACUAUGAGGAUAUAUCUUUGGUGAGUCAGGUGAUGCCCUUUUUUGUCAGCUAAAGAUUGUAAUAAACAAUUAAUUUCCCCAUAUUAAAGAGACAAUGGUAGUCUUUUUAACAUAAUUUGUCCUUGUCUCCCAUGCCUAUCAAUUUUGCUAAUUACAAUUAUCAAAAUAAUACCCGUUUUUUUAUAAUGACUUUAAACUCACUGAUGACAAGUGCUCAGUAUAUAAGAUAACUUGUUUGACCAGUGGAACAUAUUUCACAGACAAGGAACUUAUUUCACUAGGUGAGGAACAAAUCUCAUAAAUCCAGAACUUAUUGCACCAGGUAAGGAACAAAUCUCACAAACAUGGAACUUACUUCACUAGUUAAGGAACAAAUUUCACCAACCCAGAACUUAUUUCACCAGGUAAAGUGGGGAACUUAUUUCAUAGAGAUGGAACAAAUAAUAUAGAAAUUGUCUGUGUAAAAAGUUCUCCCAGAACAAAUUUCCCACUGGAACUUUUUCUUACAUGAACAAAUUUUGGCCCACACAUUUAACAUGUGUCUCAUCCUAGCAAUGAAGACAUCUCAGUUUCGCUAGGGCUAAGGAAAAUAAUUUAUUUUGCCUGGAGUAUAAUGCAGAGUGCACAAAGUCUUUAACAUUAAAAAUAAGGGGCGCACAUAUCGACCAAUCAGAAUUAGCCAUACUCUUAAUUCUGAAGACCAUGUUAUGUUCGUAAAAUGGCUGCACCCAUAAAAUCUAAUGGUUUUUUGUAACCUUAACCUGCACACAAUAAAUGAUGUAUGGUAGCAUUAAGAUGGAACAUUAGUGAAGUGCAUUUAUUUUCCAAUACAUUGUAAUGGAAUACCCAGUCACACAAGUAGAAUUACCAUCCUUUACAAUAUAUGGAAAAAGGUGAAUGGUAUAGAAAUAGUGACUAUGGUAUUAUACCAUUUCCAUUCAAAUACCUAUGCAUCAUGUACCGUAUCACAACCCUCAUUAAGCUGAUGAAGAAAUCACUUCUAGCUUUAUCAAUACCUUUCAUGUAUUUGAUACAUUUAUAAGACUAAAAUGAUGAAAAUUAGGAUCAUGGUUGUAUGUGUUGAUUAAUAGAAUGUCAUGGUACCUAAUCAAGUCAUUCAGAUUUCUUAAUUAAUUUCCUAUAAGGUUCAAAUUAUAUUACCACAGAACUUCCCUAUAUAUGUUUUUCGUUAAUAAAUGUGAAUUUCAACUGAUAUUAAUUCAAAUAAUAAAUGUAAAUUUUCCAGAUCUGCAAUAUGUUUCAUAACGAAAUUACAAGUCAUAUUAUUAGUGUUUCUCUUCUGAAUUAUUAACUGCAUAAUGCAUCUCGUUAGAUAUAUGUGAUAU